AUGAUCAGCGAGCUCAUGCCCCAAGGAUACGAUAACAUGUUUUUCGCUCUAUUCGGCAUCACCAACCGUGCCUCCUCGAUAAUCGGCCCGAACGUCAUCCAAGCCAUCAUCAACGAUACACAAAACAAUUGGAUGGGGUUUCCGUUCCUAUUUUCUAUUUGUACUGCUGCCAUGAUCAUGAUCAGUUUUGUAGAUGUGGAGAAAGGCCGUGAGGAUGGGCGAAAAUUUGUGCAGAAGAAAAAAAUGCUUCGGGGGCUAGGAUACCGCAACCAGUGGAGUAUUCAAAGCGUAUUAUAUCAACACCCGUAUUGA